AUGAGAAAAGCCGUAAUGGCAACAUUACACCAUUCGUGUUCCACAAAUGAAAAUCCGAUUCAUGACAAUUGUCCGAUCGGAGCCGACAGCUGGUGCGAGUGGCGGAAGGCUCAGGCGGCAGAUCAAGAAAAAUUAUUCAACCAUCCACCACCACUUCAUCCAGAUGUCGCUAAACACAUAUAACCAAUUUACGAAGAACUUUCGAAGGAAGACCUGCUAAUUCGAUGUUUAGGUGGCCAUACCCAGAAUUCGAACGAAAACUUCAAUUCUACAAUCUCGCCGAAACAUUUAAAUUCAGGCAUAAAAAUUAUCGAAAUUGCCGUUUUCAUUGCUGCCACUAUUUUUAAUGAAGGGUACUCUGCCAUCCUACGAAUAAUGAACGCACUAAAAAUAAACGUUGGACAACGGAGCAAAUUUUUUGCCGAUACGCACGACGCGCAACGAGUCUCGAGGCAGGAGCGCCGCAGAUCAAGCAGCACGAAGGAGGGUCGAACAGCUCGCAGACUGCUUCAAAUGCAACAAAACGAGUUUCAUGAGGAAGCGGAAGGCUUGCUGUAUGGGCCUGGUAUAGCAGAUUAA